CAUUGUAACGAUACGAUCAAAUAUCUUAAGGAUGUUUAAAAGUUAAACUAUUAUAUGAACUGCUUUGAUAUUGGGAUAUUUACAAAUAACUCUUGAAUAAAACAAUUGGAUACUUUUGAGGAAAGAUCAUACACACAUUUUUAAACAUUACUUCACUAUUGUGUUAUUUCUUGUUAUUUGAUAAACAAUAAACAAUUAUAAUGAAACGAUUAGAAUUUCACACUGCGGAUUAUGUUGUUAUGGUGAUCUUUGUUGUUAUAUCUUCUGCGAUCGGAAUUUACUACGGCUUUUACAAGAAGCAGAGGACCACGGAAGAGUACAUUCUUGGCAAUCGGCAGAUGCAUUUUGUUCCAGUUGCACUGUCGUUGGCAGUAACUUUUCAAUCCGCAGUUUCCAUAAUAGGAUAUCCAAGUGAAAUUUAUCUGUACAACACUAUGGUGGUUUAUACGAUCUUUGGGAUGACUAUUGCAUAUCUUUUACAGGCAUUUUUUAUCGUGCCUUUAGUGCAUCCACUGAGGUUGACUAGCGCAUACGAGUAUUUACAGAUGCGUUUCCAGUCAAGAGCAGUGCAACUUCUCGGCAUGACAAUGGGCAUGCUGCAAACGCUUCUAUAUGUCAGCAUCGUCCUGUACUCUCCAGCACUUGCGCUAGAAGCAGUUGCUGGAAUUCCACUAUGGUUAUCUAUUGUAAUAAUAGGACUAAUAGGGACUGUUUACACCGCUAUUGGAGGAAUGAGAACAGUGGUCUGGACUGAUACAUUCCAAUUUGUUAUGAUCUAUGGUGGUCUGACUGUGAUACUUAUACAGAGUAUAAAAGAAAUAGGAAGCUUAUCAAAAGUUUUCGAUUUGUCAUCGAAAGGUGGUCGGAUUAAAUUUGAUGAAAUAAACACAGAUCCUCGUGUACGUCAUACAGUGUGGGGAUGUGUUAUUGGUGCUGCUUUUAACUCGCUGCCAAAUUGUUGCAGCCAGUCGGCAAUACAGAGGAUUUCUUCCAUACGAAAAGCUAAGGAUGCGAAGAAUGCAACUCUUCUGAAUAUACCACUGGCGAUAACCUUCUCUUGCAUUCUCGCAUUGACUGGCCUGGUGCUUUAUGCAUACUUUGUUAUAAAAGCAUGUGAUCCUUUGGCUGGUGAUCAGGUGUCAAAUCCGAAUCAGUUGAUGAUAUAUUUCGUCUUGACUGCGUUAAGCGAUGUACCAGGACUGGCAGGGAUAUUUCUUGCAGCAGUUUUCAGUGGAGCUUUAAGUACCUUGUCUUCGGGUAUAAGCUCAAUGGCUACAAACGCUCUUCAGGAUAUCCUCUCUGGUUACUUACAGGAGGCUCAACAGAUUAAAAAGACGUUCAUUUUAAAACUAUUAGUUCUAGUAUAUGGUAUUUUGACUGUUGUAUUAGCGUACCUAUCACAGUAUUUGACAGGUCCGGUGACACAGAUGUGCAAUACAGCUUUUGGUGCAGCCGGUGGUCCAGUUGUUGGUAUAUUUUUCCUCGGUGCUGUUUUUCCACAGGCUAACAAAAAAGGUGCUUUAGUAGGGGGAAUAUGUGGAAUUGUUAUCAAUAUGUGGAUUGCUCUUGGAUCCUUUUUGUAUGGAAAUAAAGCUCCAUUUUCACGACCAGUCACUACAUCCGGGUGCUACCACAAUGAAACGAGCUUACUACGGCUGGAUGUAACGCCGCCAACCGGGAGUUCAACAUUUGAUAUAAUAGGUGUUCAUCACAGUACGGAUAACCACCUUGCCAUCUAUGAUUUGUCCUAUCUUUGGCUUGGAUUUAUAGGAUUUCUGAUUGCUUUAAUCAUCGGCUUGGCUGUCAGUUUUGUUACAGGUAAAGAUAAAGAAUUUCCCACGGAUCCAAUGUACAUCAUACCUUUUCUACGACGUGUGUGGGCAUUUGAUGAAUCAACUUUACAUGGACACUCAAGAAUUGAAUACUGUUUAGUUCCAAAUGAUGAUGAAGAAAUGAAAGUGAUUACUCCCAAGUAGAAAAACAAUUAAUUGAAUUACAUAGAAGAUAUGUGUGUGAAAUAACGUAACUGAGAUAUUUAGAAAAACGAAUAAUUUUAUACGCAUACCUUCGUCAAAGGGCGAAAUCUUGUGUCAUUUAAACGUCUAUAAAUAUUUUGAAAUAAACAAUAAUAAACUGUU